AUCACCAUUAAAGCGCAUUGUCUGUGCAAAGCAUACACUUUUUCGGCUUUUGUGACCAAGUCUACUCUUCCGCUCAUGGCUGUGUGCUGUCACUGCACAUCUUGCCGUCGCCUUACUAGGUCGGUCACUCAUUCUAGAUGCGCAAAAUGGCCUAAUCCCUCUGAAGACCUUUCUGGCCUCAAGAAAUACUCGUACAGCAAGCACACCGACGUCUUCUUCUGUGGAACUUGUUCAUCCAAGCUUUGCGACUCGUGCCGCCUGACAUACGGUUCGGAUGUGUCGGCCUGGACUUAUCCAGCAUGCCCCCUAGCCCACAUUGGGUUUGCCUAUGGUGACGAGUCGGCUUCCGGACUGUCCGACUUCCCAAAAACAGUCGCAGCCCUCGAACAAGCAGUUUCUCCCGCUGAAAAGAAAGACCCCUGCCUUGCGACACUAGCGGUGUACAACAGCUCCACAGACUUAGAGCAGUACCUAAAUGUAUUCUACGCUGUUCAUGACCGCGAAGACAUGAACGACAUUGCGAUCGGCCUGUUGGACCAUCCCGACGGUGCUCGCGCCAAAGGACCACUAGCUUGGUCUUACGGCAAGGUCGGGUGGGAAGCUGAUGUGGCUGGAGGAUGGCGAGAGGAGCUUGUUGGUUUAGUGAAGACCCUUUCGAAAGAGUGGGCUGUC